CUGCCCUUUUCAACACCUGGUUCAGAGGUUUGUAGUGGGAACGUGUUCCCGUUGACUUAAACUAACAGUAAGUAGUGAGUAACUUUUAAAAGUCAGUCUUGUUCUAAAUCACUUUAUGGAGUUCGUCAUGUGAGUUAAGACAUCAAGUGCGACAUUAGCACUUCAAAAUAAUAGUUAUUAUCAAGUGUUGGGGGUCAGUCCUGAUUAUGCCAUAAUGCAUUAAUUGUUCACGUUUACUCAACCACUACAUUUAUGACUUCCGACUGCACUCGAAUGGGACAAAAUACACAAAUUCCCGCCAGUUGCCGAAGUGCUUCAAAAGCUAAAGAGCACUUAACCUUUUAAUGUACUGGUUAUCGUCUUUUUAUUUGUUUAGUCAGUAACUCGAUAUUCCUCUGUUUUCCAGUGUACAUGAUCGAACAAGCAAAUGCUCUUGGUUUAAUAGUUUGAUAGACAAUCUUUUUAUGCGUGUGUAGUUGAACCAUGAGCAUAGGGAGCUAAGCUCACGGUUUAGCACACUUAUCAGACAAGCUAACUCGUUGAGCUUGGCUACACAGCCUUGCUGAUUGACAGUAACUGCACCGGCAAGAUCCGUUUUAUCUUCAUCACACAAUCCAUUGAAAAUGAAAGCUGCAGAGGACCAGGUUGUUGAAGAUGACACUGGUUUCCAGGAUGAUGAGGAGUCCUUCUUCCAAGACAUUGACCUCCUGCAGAAACAUGGCAUUAAUAUGGCAGACAUCAAAAAGUUGAAGUCAGUGGGUAUCUGCACUGUGAAGGGCAUCCAGAUGACUACUCGCAAGGCUUUGUGCAACAUUAAGGGCCUGUCAGAGGCAAAAGUGGAAAAAAUCAAGGAGGCUGCAGGGAAAAUGCUGAAUGUUGGUUUCCAGACCGCCUUUGAGUACAGUGCAAAGAGGAGGCAGGUGUUCCACAUCACAACUGGGAGCCAGGAGUUCGAUAAACUUUUGGGUGGAGGAGUGGAGAGUAUGGCUAUCACAGAGGCCUUUGGAGAGUUCCGCACAGGGAAAACCCAGCUGUCUCACACGUUCUGUGUCACUGCUCAGCUGCCAGGGGAAGACGGCUACACAGGCGGGAAAGUCAUCUUCAUUGACACGGAGAACACCUUUCGUCCAGACAGACUGAGAGACAUAGCUGACCGGUUUAACCUGGACCACGAUGCUGUGCUGGACAACGUGCUGUACGCCCGGGCCUAUACCAGUGAACAUCAGAUGGAGCUGUUGGACUUUGUAGCAGCCAAAUUCCACGAGGAAGGAGGAGUGUUCAAACUAUUGAUCAUCGACUCCAUAAUGGCUCUGUUCAGAGUAGACUUUUCUGGUCGAGGUGAGCUGGCUGAACGGCAGCAGAAACUGGCCCAGAUGCUCUCCAGGUUGCAGAAGAUCUCUGAAGAGUACAACGUAGCCGUGUUUGUGACCAACCAAAUGACAGCUGAUCCCGGCGCAGGAAUGACGUUUCAAGCUGAUCCCAAGAAGCCAAUUGGUGGGCACAUCCUGGCCCACGCCUCCACCACAAGGAUCAGUUUGAGGAAAGGGCGUGGAGAGAUGAGAAUCGCCAAAAUAUUUGACAGUCCUGAUAUGCCAGAGAAUGAGGCCACUUUUGCCAUAUCUGCUGGAGGAGUUACUGAUGCCAAAGAGUGAAUAAUAAAAGGAAUACGCACAAGUUAGCACAAUUCCCAGAGCCUGACCAUUUAAAGUUAUGUAAAAUAUUUUAAAUGAAUUUAUUUAUUGACUUUUUUAACCUCAUAUAACCUCUUACAGGUGAACUGAGUAUCUUGUUCUGUGGUACUUCUCAUGUCUUUAUUCUAUUUAUAUAUUUAGUCGUAUCCUUCCUGUGUUUCAGAGAUGUUCAAAUAAAAAACAGCGAAAAAAGA